CGGUCGGCUGCGCUGUCAAGUUGAAAUAGCUCAUUUCAAGGGCAGUUACUAAUUUGUCUGCUCUGUCCUGUGAGCUCUAUCAUGACCAUGCUGUGCAGAGUUGGACAAGUUCGCAGGUGUGCAGCCAGCCUCAGCCAAACUAUAAGCCAGGUAGCUGCAUCGAGGCAGAAGCACACGCUCCCUGACCUGACCUACGACUAUGGUGCCCUGGAGCCCCACAUCAAUGCAGAGAUCAUGCAGCUGCACCACAGCAAGCAUCACGCCACAUAUGUGAACAACCUCAACGUUACAGAGGAGAAAUAUCAGCAGGCACUAGCAAAGGGAGAUGUGACGGCUCAGAUUGCCCUCCAGCCUGCUCUGAAGUUCAACGGUGGAGGCCACAUAAAUCACACUAUUUUCUGGACGAACCUCUCCCCAAAUGGUGGCGGCGAACCACAAGGGGAGCUGCUGGAGGCCAUUAAGCGGGACUUUGGCUCCUUGCAGAAGAUGAAGGAGAAGAUGUCUGCUGCUACAGUGGCAGUGCAGGGCUCUGGCUGGGGCUGGCUGGGCUACGACAAGGAGAGCGGAAGACUUCGUAUCGCUGCUUGUGCUAACCAGGACCCCCUGCAUGGGACUACAGGUCUCAUCCCCCUCCUCGGUAUCGACGUAUGGGAGCAUGCCUACUACCUUCAGUACAAAAAUGUGCGGCCGGACUACGUUAAGGCCAUCUGGAAUGUCGUCAACUGGGAGAAUGUGAGCGAGCGUCUCCAGUCGGCCAAAAAGUAGAACCCGAUCUUCAAAUGGUCCCUUUUCAUCCUGACCUGAGUAAAAUAGUAGUUUCAAUUAAUGUUCAGUUUUCCAUUGCAUGGAGCACUUGAGCUGUGGGGUUUUCUGUAUUCAGAUUGUAAACAGCCUUUCAUAUGAUCAGCUACAUUAAAGUUGAUUUAAAUUAACUUUAAAAUACUUCCUACGUCGGUCCAGAUAAUGUUGCCUUCGUGGCAAACUUAAAGCCCUGCACUCGCACAGUUUAGAGCAAACUUAGAAAAUGAUUUGCAAGUGCUUCUUGUCUCAGGUCUGUUCCUGACUACUUCUUCUUUAAAGCGCACAAACUGGCCUCCUUUCACAUCAAGGCCGGCUACUGUUAAUCUCAACCAAAUAUUGGCUCCCAUUCAUGUGAACUAGGUGUCCGUUAACCAGAGUGCACAUUCAGUGAGUUUCGUCACACUAAAAUCAGAUGAUGUUAUUGCAAGUAUGCUUUUGAUGUAUUAUAAUAAAGAUAUAUUUCAAUUGUA